UGGCAAGCAGUUCCACGGGUUAAUUGUUUAUUAUUGUCAGGCAGUUUCUCCUUUAAUGCCAGGUUGCUUCUCUCCUUGAUUAGUUUCCACUCGUUGCUUCUUGUCCUGCCCUCAGGUGCUUUGGAGAAGAGCUUGACUCCUUCUUCUUUGGGGCAGCCCCUGAGAUAUUGGAAGAUUGCUCUCAUGUCUCCCCUCGUCCUUCUCUCCAUUAAACUAGAUACACCCAACGGUGUGCCACCUAGUUAUUUUGCCUACCUAUUUUGGGAACCCUCUUGGGUGCUUGAUGCAAUUCUCAUUCCAUUCCCAACUUUCAUGGCCUUAAAGACUGAAACCAGUCUGCAUUCCUCACAUCUCUGGCUUCCAUCAAGCCUGUCACUUCUCCCUCCCUCUUUCUCAUCUCUACCCCCAACACAUACUCAGUGCCCCCUGAGGAGCCAUAGUGGCACAGUGGUUAGAGGGCAGUAUUGCAGGCUGACUCUGCCGACUGCCAGCAGUUUGAUCCUGACCGGCUUAAGGUCGACUCGUCCUUCCGUCCUUCCGAGGAAAGAAGAACUAAAAAAUGUAAAGAAGUGGCAUGGGACCAUUGCCAUCGGCCGGCCUCAUCCUAGUUCUGUGCUUGGUAUUCCUGGGUCGGGCCCAGCAUCCCGUGACGACAUCUCCUUGCCAGAUUGUCUCCGACACAGUCGCUCCAUGCCGAGGUCAGAAGCUGCUCCAAGUCCCUCAGGACCUUCCCAGCAAUCUGGAGAAGUUGGACCUUUCCUACAACAAAAUCGAACAGAUCGGUUCGGCAGACUUCUCGUCCUUGACUCAGCUGAAAGAAUUGGACCUGGGUUACAACCACAUCUUCUCAAUCGCCAACGACUCCUUCGCAUCCAACCUCCUUUUGGAGAAGUUGAGUCUCUUCAACAACUCCUUGGAGGAGAUCCCUUCACUGGCUUUGAGGCCUUUGAAGCAGCUGACUGCCUUGUCUAUCUCGAACAACCUUUAUCCUCUCUCAAGGCUGGACGGGGUGUUCAGCUCCCUGAAGAACCUCAAAGAGUUGUCCCUGGGCGGUCCUGUAAUUUACACGGUGGGACGUGAAGACUUUGUUCCUCUGAAGGACAUUCCGUUGAAGAAGUUUUUCCUCAAAACUGCUUCCAGUUUGACAGAGUAUCAACAAGGGGCCUUCUCUAAGCUCAACACCACAGAAUUGUGGUGCGACAUCGCUCUGGACAAAAACCCGGAGGCUUUGCCCGUUAUGCUCCGUGACUUGAAAGGGAAGCAGCUCCAAUACCUCCGUUUCCGUAACCUCUUCGAGUUCACCUACUACACCGAUUCCGUAGACCUCUUUGCCGGCUUGGCUGAGGUCGAAGUGGGAGAGCUGGUCUUCUACAGGGGGAAAUUCAACGAGAACCUGCUGCGUUUGGUCCUCUUAAAUGUCCAGAAGUCUCGUGUGCAAGACCUCUCCUUCAUUGCUAUCGAUUUCGCCCGGUCUCCCGAAUGGAAGCUUCCAGAAGCCGGCAUCGCCAACCUGACCCUCCGCCGUUUGUUGCUGAAGGACAUCAGUAACCCCGAUAUUUUGCGUUUUGACUGGACUUUUACUUGGUUUGCCGGGAUAACCAACCUUUCUAUCCUCAAUGUCAACUUCAACUUUGUGCCCUGUGACGCCUGGGGGGAAAUGAGGAACGUGGUAGUUCUAGAUGUUUCUAAUAACCGCUUGUUAGAUGAAUACAUCUACAACGAAGGCUGUUUAUAUCAAGGAAUCAUGCCCAGCCUGGAGCACUUCAAUCUUAGCAACAACGAAUUAACCUACUUGAGCAUAAUCUCCAAGCUGACGUCCAGCUGGCCCCGGCUAUCCAAGUUAGAUCUAAGCCACAAUCGAAUCAGGAACUGUAAGGAAUUGCCCUGUGUUUGGAGCCCCAGUCUUGUUUGGUUGGAUUUGUCUUACAACGUUGUCACGGCGGGGAUCUUCAAGUGCCUUCCCACCAGGUUGCAGUUCCUGGAUUUGUCCUACUCACAGUUGGAACGCCUUGAGAUGGAGUACUUUGAGGUCGCUGUGGACCUCCAAGAGUUGCGGCUGAGCGGGAACAAGAUCAAGUUUAUCCCAACCGAAUGGAGGAGUCCGAAUCUCCGGGUUUUGGCCGUGGACGGCAACUCCUUCGGCGUCAUCUGCAAAGGUUCCUUCGUGAAUAUGCCGCAGCUCACGCAGCUGGAAGCGGGGAACAAUCCUUACCAUUGCGUCUGUGACCUCUACGCCUUCCUUCAAGAGACCCUGAAGAACGACAAGUUGCAGAUUGUGGACUGGCCCGGCGGGUGGACCUGUUAUCACCCUGAGCCCCUGCGCGAUACGGCGGUGAUUGCUUAUACCCCAAGGCUGACCCAGUGUAGUGUCAUGGUGGUGGUAGCCAUUGCUGUCUCCAUUACAGCCGUUGUGGUGAUCGUCGUCAUGGUUUUGUGUUGGUGGUUCAACGUACCCUGGUACCUCAAGGCCACCGUCCAAAUCGUGCGCUCCAAAUAUCGCUCCAGCCGCUCCCAAGCGUUGCGAGACUUCGCCUACCACGCCUUCAUCUCUUACAGCUGCUCCGACGCAGACUGGGUCAGGCAGGAACUGCUCCAGAGGUUGGAGGCCUCGACGCCGCCAUACCGCAUCUGCAUUCACGAGCGGGAUUUCACGCCCGGCCGUUGGAUCAUCGACAAUAUCAUUGAAAACAUUGAAAACAGCCGGAAAAUCAUCUUCGUGCUCUCGCGCAGCUUUGUCGACAGCGAUUGGUGCAACUACGAGCUCUACUUCGCCCACCAGCGGGCGGUGGGGCUAAGCUUCGAGGACGUAGUUUUGGUGGUGAAGGAAGCCAUCGACCCGCAAGCGCUGCCCAACAAGUUUUGCCGACUGAGGAAAAUGCUCAGCAAAAAGACAUACUUAGAGUGGCCUUCGGAGCCCGGUCGCCAGGCCUUCUUCUGGGUGCAGCUGACGUCCGUCCUGGGGAAGGCCGAGGUAAUCAAGACGGACCGAAAGGAGGAUCCAGGCGAUGUGACUUGGAGAAAAAACGGCAUGGCUGACGACAACCUCAGAAUGGAUAAUUUGGCUAAUGCAGAUUGUGUCCCAGCGUGUUAAACAGGACUUCAGUUUAAGCCAACAGGAACCUUCAGAAUUUAACAGCCGAGUUUGUGUCUAGUGAUAUGUUUGAUCGUGGUUUAUUCAGGAAGCCGCAAUGGCUGGAUUCAUAGAGAACGCUCGAGCUGUAAACCAUGGUUUGUGAAUCGCUGUGACUGAGUUCUCACAGCAUGCCAAAAAAGGCCUACGGGAUGGGCUUAUUUUGCUGUUUGAAUCUUUGUUGAGACUGGUUUAGUUUAGGGUCCAACAUGUCAUCCGCAAUCCUCAAAACUGGUUUAAUUUAGACCCGGGUUAAGUGUGUUGUGUAGAACCAGCCUGUCGGGGGGAAUUCCACUCAUUUUAACUCUUUCUGGUUUUCCAUUCCCAUGUGCUCAAGGUUACUGAAUUACAGAAUAACAGAAUUCGAAGGAACCCUGGAGGUCAUCUAGUCCAAAUUAGGGGAUUGGAGGCUAAAACACAGGACGAACAAUUGUAGGAACUGGGCACCACACUAUAAAAAAGAUGUUGAGACUCUAGAAAAAGUGCAGAGAAGAGCAAGCAGGAUGAUGAGGGGACUGGAGGCUGAAACAUAACAUGAAUGGUUGCAGGAACUGGGCAGGGCUAGUCUAGGGAAGAGAAGGACCAGGGGAGACAGGAGAGCAUCUUCCAGUAUUUGAGGGGCUGCCCCAGAGAGGAGGAAGGGGGGUCAAGCUAUUU